AUGAGCGCCGAGCUGGCCACUGCCCAGGGAUCCGGCCAGACUCUCGACAAGCAGCUCAGCGAGGCUCGAGCCACGAUGGAAAAGUACCUGCGAGACUACGACACGCUCUUCAACCGCACGCAAAAGCUCACCGAAGACCUGGAGGAUCAGAUGUACAAAAACAGCCAGCUUAGCCUGGAGAAUAUCAACGCAGACAAGGAAAUAAAGACAAAGGACAACGAGAUCGCGCGACAUCUCACCGAGCUGGGCCAGUGGGAGCGCAAGAUGGAAAGAGAGAAGAACGUCACCGAGAGGUACCGGAGGAUGCUCGAAGAGAGCAAAACCCCGCUCGCCAUCGCGCAGACGAGCAUCAAGAGCCUGGAAAAAGAAAUGAGCGUGCUGCGGAAGCGAGAGGAGUUGGCGCGGAAAGAGGCGGACACGUCGUCCAGGGAGAAGGGGCUGCAAUUGCAGGCUACGCAGAAAGCGGAAGAUCGCAUGAAGAUCACCGAGGAUCUGGUGAAGGAGAGGGAGAUGAUAAUCUCUUCGCUAGAGGCAGAGCUGACCUCCUACAAGAACGAGGUGUCGCGGCAGCGGAAAGACGUGUUCCGGCUGGAGCAAGAGAGGGAGAAGCUGGGAAGCGAGCUCAGCGAGGCGCAGAACAUCUACAUGCAAUCUCUGGAGGACGUCAAGAUGCGCAUCAACGAGCUCGGCAACAAGAUCAGCGACUGGGAGGUGAAGCUGAAGCAGCAGCAGCAGCUCUACGAGAGCGUGAGGAGCGACCGAAACCUGUACAGUAAGAACCUCAUCGAGGCGCAGGAUGAGAUUGCGGAGAUGAAGCGCAAGCUCAAGAUCAUGAACCACCAGAUAGAACAGCUUAAGGAGGACAUCACCGCCAAGGACCAUGCCUUGGUGAAAGAGCAUUUCGACCACCAGAAGGCUGAGACGCAAAGAGAGCAGAUGCGCAACGAGAUCGACCGCAUGAAGCGCCUUUUGGAGAACAACGAUACCGUCGUGCACAAGCAGGAUGCCGAAGUGCGGCGGCUAGCUGGGAUGUUGAGCAAAAUGGACGAGGAUGCGCUCAAGCAAAGGAAGGAGUACGACCAGGUGAGCGAGCCUGACUCAGCAUAA